AUGCAUAUCACUGUGUCUGAUCUUUUGAGGGUGAUGCUUUUCUCCUCUGUGGCGAUGGCAGAUCUUCAUACAAGCUGCACCUGUCACAAUGGUGACAGCUACAAUUGGCGCAUGACUACUCUGGCUUGCACUUCUUACGAUGAAGCCAAGUAUCAAUGGGGCGGUGCUGUCUAUGACACGCCAUCCGGUCGGUGUACCCAACGAACUGAUGCUGAUCGUAUCGCUGGUGACCAAUGGGAGGAAGCAUGUCAGAAGAUCGCAAAGGCCGGCUUCCAGUGCGUUGAUGGGAAGGGUACCUGUUAUGCUGAUCCUGCCAGUGUUCGCGGAUCUUGCUGA